AUACAUAUUUGCCGACCAGCAUAAUACGCUCAUUGUAUAUGUGGUUUAUGUCGGUUAUGGUAGGAAUUAAGGUGGUGAAGGUAUAUAUUAUAUUCUUUGUCAGCUGGAGAAAUUUAAAAAUGUCUAUUUGACAGAGAUUGGCAAAUUUUAGUGAUUUUUUAAGCCGAAUAUUGGUACGCAGAAUAGUUGCUAUAAUAGUCUUUUUAAUACGUUGAAAUGUCUAAUUGCCAUUGUCCAAAUAAACGUGAAAGUAAGUGCGAGGAGAACGGCGUCGAUGGGGAAACAAGGUAUUCCGAUGGGACUGUGCGACUGCGGAACCCCCAUAUUGAACUUAUGGACCAAGACAUCCUUUAUCAUAUCGCCCUGGGAAGCGAAUCCCACGAUCUGGUCGAAAUGUUCGGCGACGUCAAGUUCGUUUGUAUGGGUGGAACACCAAAACGUAUGGAAGGCUUCGCCCACUACAUCAUGAAAGAAAUCGGCUACAAGCUGCCCACUGGCACAACCUUAAUGGACAUCAGCCAGUACUCUUAUAGAUACAGCAUGUACAAAGUGGGACCAGUAAUCUCAGUUAGCCACGGGAUGGGUGUUCCCUCAAUCGGAAUCCUCUUGCACGAAAUGAUCAAGCUGAUGUACCACGCGAAGGUCAAAGAUCCGAUUUUCUUCAGAAUAGGCACGUGCGGAGGCCUAGGACUCGAACCUGGGACGGUGGUAAUAUCUGACGAUGCGAUUGAUGGUUUAGGCAAUCAUCAUUACUCGGUUCCGAUAUUGGGAAAGAUAGUAAAAAGACCGGCGCAUUUCGAUAAGAAGUUGGUGCGGGAGCUAAAGGUGCUCGCAAAUGCUGAAGAAUACCCCUAUGAAACAACCGUGGGGACCACCAUGUGCGCGGAAGAUUUCUACGAAGGUCAGGGGCGAGUGGAUGGGGCGUUUUGCGACUACACCGAGGCCGAAAAGAUGGAGUACUUAGAGGGUUUGAUGAAGCAAGGGGUUAAAAAUAUUGAGAUGGAAGCAGUGCCUUUUGCUGCCCUCACGCAUCACGCAGGGAUCAAAGCGGCCAUCGUUUGCGUCACUUUAUUAAACAGAUUAAAAGGAGAUCAGGUGGCAGCUCCUAAGGAGGUGAUGAACGAGUACCAAGAGAGACCCCAAAAACUGGUGGCGAAGUACAUCAAGAGGUACCUCCAGAACAAAGGCCGCUUGAAUUCAUUCGAAGGUCACGGCUCGAUCGCGGUAAAAAGUCCUCGCAGAUUCAAACUGGUUCAGCAAGAAUCUCAAACUUUCGAAUAAUUAAUUACCCACCAAAUUAAAUUAUUAUUCUCGGGCGUUAUAAUAAUAUUCUUCUUGUUGAAUUUUUAUGCUAAUAAUGAAUAUGAAGAAAUGUUAUGACAUAUUUGUAUGGAAUAUCGUGUUAUUUAUAUAGGGGCAAAUAGUAAUGUUGUUAUCAAAUCUACGUCAUAUCAAUAUUGUAAUAUAAGAGAACAAACGAUAUGUUAAAUGCACUUUCAGUAGAACAUUGUUUUGCUUUUUAAGAGAAACAAAAACAUUUUUGUACUGACCAAUAUGAUGUAAUCAGGCUAGAAGUACACCAUUUUUUUUUUCAUUAUCAUUGGCGUAGAUAACAUAAUAUAUAUAUGGUACAAUAUUAAAUGUAAGUUGUAUUUUGUCAAUAAUAUAAUAAAAGUGAGAAAGUCUUACAACGAGCGUGAAUAUAACAAUAUAAAUGCCGAGAGACGCCUUCUCGAAAAACCUCUCCAGUUAGUCAUGUCAGCAGUAUUUGUGUCUUGUAUUUAAACUAUUAUUGUUAAAUAAUGAAUUUGGUGUUAUGAUGAACAUGAAGGUAUUCAUUUUAUAAGCUUUAUUAUUGGUUUAAUACGCAGCGUAAGAAUCAUAUAGUUAAGGCAUGUAUUGUUAAAAACCGAAUAAAAAGUUUUAUUUAAA